AUGAAUAACGAAUCUCAAACACAGUCAUCGACAUCGACCUUUGUAGUCGAACACCUGGACCCAGAACUGGGCGCCUGGUCCGCUCUGGAAUAUGGCUGCAUUGCUCGAGAGUCCAGCGCCGCUGGCGCAAGAUUUCUCCUGACAUCGGUACCGGAGUCAUUAAAGAUGCCCGAUGAGCUUGCUACGCUAAGCAGCUUAGAGGUGGAGCAUAGGGGGGUCGAAGACAUUUUUGCAGAUAGGAAGGAGAAAGUAUGCCUACUGGAUCCGUCAGCGAAGACGGAGCUGUGUCCACAGGAUGGGGAUGAGUUUGAGGUUUUCUUGUUUGGUGGGAUACUUGGUGAUGAUCCCCCCCGAGACCGCACAUCGGAGCUACGUCAGAAAGGUUAUGCGGGUCGCAGAUUAGGGCCCAAACAAAUGACGACUGACACCGCAGUCAGAGUGACCAGAAUAGUAACGCAAGGCAAAGUGCCAUUGGAGGAUAUUCCCUAUGUGGACUUCCCGGAGCUACGUCUUAAUGAGCACGAAAGUACUGAGAUGCCAUUUCGAUAUGUGAAGGGUGAAGAUGGAAAGCCGAUUAUGCCUGAGGGGAUGGUUGAGCUGAUCAAAAGCGACUCGGAUAAGGGCCUGGACGAUCUUCUUUAG